AUCCGAGAUCUCACAAAAUCACAGCAGCUGACACUCUCUAGGAUCCACCGGGAAAAGUAUGUAAAUCCGGCGGCUUACAUUCCGUGCCAUGAGAUCUCAAUCUUGUUUUCACUUUCGUUUUCAACAAUAUACCUUCCUUUUGUCUACUCUCACUCAUCAUCACGAUCAAACACGCGCGCACACACACAAAGAGGGGGUUCACUACACACAGACAUGUACAUACAUACAUACAGAGAGAGAAACCCAGAGCUUUCUAGAGAGAGAAAAUGAAGAUGAUCGGAAAAACAGUCCUCUCUCUCCUACUCAUCCUCAUCAUCUUCAUCACCUACUCCAUUUACAUCGGAACGGUUGAUGUCAGAUCACACUUCUUCCCGCUCUUACAAUCUCUACCUAACUACACUACGCCCUGCCGCACCGAAUCGCCGCUCAGGGUCUUCAUGUACGAUCUUCCCCGUCGAUUCAACGUCGGGAUGCUGAAACGCCGGAGAUCCGACGAAACUCCGGUGACUUCCCGGACUCUGCCGCCGUGGCCGGCGAAUUCGGGGCUGAAGAAGCAGCACAGCGUGGAGUAUUGGAUGAUGGCUUCGUUGUUGUAUGAUGGUGAAGAUGAGAGUCGAGAGGCGGUUAGGGUUUCGGAUCCGGAAUCGGCUGAUGUGUUUUUCGUACCGUUUUUCUCUUCGUUGAGUUUCAAUACUCACGGGCACAAUAUGACUGAUCCGGAUACCGAGAUCGAUAAGCAAUUGCAGGUUGACGUACUUAAGUUCUUGAGGCAAUCCAAUUACUGGCAGAGGUCUGCAGGCCGAGACCAUGUAAUUCCCAUGCAUCAUCCAAAUGCAUUCAGAUUUUUGCGAGAGCAGGUGAAUGCAUCUAUUCUCAUCGUUGCAGAUUUUGGCCGUUACACUAGAAUCAUGUCAAAUUUGAGCAAAGAUGUGGUGGCUCCAUAUGUGCAUGUUGUGGUUUCAUUCACUAAUGAUGACCUUCCAGACCCAUACGAGUCUCGUUAUACCCUUCUUUUUUUCAGGGGGAGGACAGUGAGGAAAGAUGAAGGAAUUGUUCGCGCUAAACUAGCAAAGAUAUUAGUUGGUUACAAGGAUGUCCACUAUGAACAAAGCUAUGCUACAGGCGAAAGCAUUAAAGGGUCCUCGGAAGGGAUGCGUUUAUCGAAGUUCUGUCUACAUCCUGCAGGAGACACUCCUUCCUCGUGCCGCCUUUUUGAUGCUAUUGUGAGCCACUGCGUUCCUGUUAUUGUGAGUGAUAAAAUUGAGCUCCCCUAUGAGGAUGAAAUAGACUACACCCAAUUCUCACUUUUCUUCUCUACCAAAGAAGCAUUGGUACCCGGUUACAUGGUUAAGCAGCUCCGGCAAUUUCCAAAAGAAAGAUGGCUGAAAAUGUGGAGGCAGCUCAAAAAAAUCUCCCACCACUUCCAAUACCAGUAUCCCCCCAAAAAAGAUGAUGCUGUGAAUAUGAUAUGGAGACAGGUAAAGCACAAAGUUCCUGCGGCCACACUUGCUGUACAUAGAAGCCAGAGAUUGAAAGUUCCAGAUUGGUGGCGCCGAAGGAGAUAGCUCAGAGCCUGCUUUUACUGAUACUGUACAUUCACAAUCAUUCAUAGCGACAACCGUUGAAGGGAAUGAAUAACUAAAGGUAGUCGCAACCUUGACAGACAUCUACACAAUGAGUAGUGUUUGGUUGAUCAUUAUUUCUCAAUGAAAAAGAAAAAGAAAAUAGUUUUAUCUUGGGAAAAAUUCUUUUGCAUUGCCCAGAAGUAGACAUUAGCUUGGCUGGGUUUCUUGUCCAUGAACUUGGCGGUGCUUUUAUCUUCAACCAUGCAACAACGAGUUCUAAUCAUGUAAUUUUGGAGUUAGGGUUCCAUACCAUCUGUGUGCAAUGUGAAGUCGGUUAAAACUGGUUCUAGCGUUUGCUCAGGAUGUUUUAUACAAUCAGCGAAUACCCGAACCAAUGUGCUAGGUUGUGGUAUGCCGGUUUUUGCAGCCGAUGGUUAUUCUUGUAAAUAUUACAGCGAUUGUUGCAGCUCUUGAAUGAGAUCAUGUUAUGUAAGUUCUGACAGAAAUUUAUGCCAAGUUUUUCUUUUUUUUUUUCCUA